AUGGCAGAAUUUCGAAUGCCUCGGUCAAUGAUGGAAAACACAAUGUUAAACUCAGAUGGCUACAUAAAACUGAUAGAUUUUGGGGCGUCUAAGCGUUGGGAACACAGUAAUUCAAGGACAUGGACUAUUUGUGGCACGACUGUAUACUUAGCACCAGAAUCGUUUAGCGGCAACGGCUAUAACUUCCUCGUUGAUUGGUGGGCACUCGGAAUUCUCUGCUUUGCUAUGAAGUUUGGAAAAUUUCCCAAAAAUGUAUAUGACGAUAUUUUUACGAUGAGCAGCCCCAUAAGUUAUCAUAGUCAUUUGGAGAAAAGUGGGGAUUCCUUCAAGGAAUUCAUCCAAAAGCUUCUUCAAAAAAACCCACAAGAAAGAAUAUAUGGCUGUGCAAAUAUACAACUAUUGGAUUUCUUCGCCGGUAAAAUAAAUUUUGCUACAGUGGAAAGUCAUCAGUACGACCCAAGAAUAUUCUUCACUAACGAAGACAUUGCUAAACUGCCAGAUGGAUCACUGAAAAGACGGAUACUACGAGAUCAUCAAAAUUCAGACAGCAAUUUAUACAAUUCAGACAACUUUAAUUCUUCCCACUAUGAUGAACAUCACUCAUCAAAACAAACAGGUAACAGUAAAGAAACAUCCAGAAACUACCAAUGUUCAAAAGACCCACCAUUAAAAAAUUCGAAACAUUCUAAAGCUAAAGCAAACGAAGAGGAUACGGAGGCAGAAAAUUUAACACAAAAGUGUAUGAUACCCAAGAAAAUGUCUGGAUAA